CCAACAUUCAUCACUUCACAAAGAUGGCCAUCCCGACUACCCAGAAGACGCUUCUCGCCCGCGAGGAGAGCGCUCUCUAUGUCGUCGCAGAGACCCCUGUGCCGACCCCUGGACCGAAGGAUGUCCUCGUGCAAAUACACGCAUGCGCCCUCAACCCGGUCGACUGGGCCAUCGUCUACCCGCCGUACUCCAAAAUGCUCAUCAAAGAGUGGCCGCACGUCCCGGGAACCGACGGUGCAGGCGUCGUUGUCGCGCUCGGCUCAGAAGUUUCGAACCUCAAGGAAGGCGACAAGGUUGUCUUCCAGGGAACCUGGACCUCCGUUGGGGCCACGUGCCAGCAAUACGCUAUUGUCCCUGCUGAUCUCACUGCAAUAAUUCCAAACAACAUCACGUUCGAAGAAGCAGCGACCCUUCCGCUCGCGCUCACCACCGACGUCCUGUCCCUCUACAACCAGUCCCCCGCUGAGGCGAACCUCUCCCUUCGCCUCAAGCCCGUCUGGACGCCCGAGGGCCAGACUGCAUACGCUGGCACGCCCGCCUUCAUCGUCGGCGGCGCCGCCUCGCUCGGCCAAAUCGCCAUCCAACUCGCGCGCCUCGCCGGGCACACCCCCAUCAUCACCACCGCGUCCCCGCACAACGCCACGCUCCUCGAGUCCCUCGGCGCCACGCACGUGCUCGACCGCGCCCUCCCCAACGACGCCCUCCUCGCCUCCCUCCCCGCCAUCCUGGGCGGCAAGCCGCUCGAGUUCGUGUUCGCUGCGGUCGCGGCCCCCGAUGCGCUGCGUCUCGCGCGCGAUGCGCUGGCGCCCGGGGGUGCGCUGGCGACGGUGCUGCCGGCGCCGCAGCGCAUUCCGGAGGACGUGGCGAACCCGGGAGAAGGGAAGCGCGUAGGGUAUGUGUUUGGGAGCGCGCGGUUGCCGUAUACGCAUGAAACGGGCGUGGAUCUGUUUAAGCACCUGUCGGGGUGGCUGGAGAAGGGCCUGCUGAAGCCGAACCCGGUCGAGGUGCUGCCGAACGGGCUGGCUGGCGUCACUGAGGGUCUCGCGCGGCUCAAGGCGAAGAAGGUAUCUGGUAAGAAGUUGGUCGUGCACCCGCAAGAGACUGCGUGA